AUGUACCGGUCCACGAAAGGAGCCUCCAAGGCACGGCGGGAUCAAAUCAACGCGGAAAUCAGACAUCUCAAGGACCUGUUGCCGAUUGCCGAAGGAGAUAAACUUCGGCUCUCUUAUCUGCACAUCAUGUCGCUGGCUUGCAUCUAUACUCGGAAGUCCAUCUUCUUCUCCAAAGGUGCGACUUUGGAAAGCUUGGAGAGCUUGCUUUCUUCCCAGGACUUAGAUGAUUUCAUGCAGACCCUUCCCGGUUUCCUUUUGGCGUUCACGGGCGAAGGCAAACUCAUCUAUGUGUCGGAGAGCGUGGCCGAGCACUUGGGGCAUUCUAUGGUGGAUUUAGUGGCCCAAGGAGACAGCAUCUACGACAUUAUUGAUCCGGCAGAUCAUUUAGUGAUGAAGACUCAAUUGGCAUUGCCUUCUCCAUUAAAUACCGAACGUCUCUUCCGUUGUCACUUCAACACUUCCAAGACAAUCCGGCGUCAAAGUGCAGGAAACAAGCUGGUUCUGAUUCGCGGUCACUUCCACCAACCUCCUCCGGGUUCUUAUUGGUCCACCAAUCCUGUCUUCACGGCCUUCUGCACCCCUCUAGACCCUAAGCCCAGAAUGGGUCAAAAUUCGUUCUUCCUGUCUGCUUUUGAGAGUCGCCACACAAAAGACCUGGUCAUUGUGGAUAUCUCUGAAAGCGUGAUCUUCCAUCUGGGCUUUGAGAAAAGCGAACUCUUCUGUAAAUCGUGGUACGGUUUGAUCCAUCCUGAAGAUCUCAGCCACGCUUCAGCCCAGCAUUACCGACUGUUGGGUGACCAAAGCAACACACAAACCGAAAUGGUGAUCCGGCUCCAAGCGAAAGAUGGCAUAAGCUGGAUAUGGAUCUACUCACUGCUUCGCUUGGAGAACGUGGAGAUCCCCAUCGUUUCUCACAACUACGUCAUCAGCGAUUCCGAAGCCUGGUGCCUGAAGCAGCAACUCUCCGCUGAAGGAUCCCAAGGCCCAUACGCUCUUGAAAGCAGCACCACUUUUCUGGAAAGCCUUCUGUCUCCCGGACAACUGUCCAGCCCUGAUCAAGUCUUCACACCGGGUGCCGGCACUCCCACCGCCACGCUCGCGGCCCCGACCUUCGAUUUCAGCACCGCCGGGGUCCCUGAAGGCCCGUCGGCGUUCGGCGAGCCUCCGGAAGGCCUGCCUGAAGAGAUGAUGGAACCUGGGAAUAUCUCCUCCAUAGAGGAUGCCCCGCCAGGUUCUUCUCUCAGCCUGCUCGUCAAAGAACCGGGCUUUGGGUAUGUCGUCCUUCCGCAAGGAGGUUACGGACAGGCGUUUUCGAGCGAGAAUCCCCCCGGCGGCAAACCUGCGUCGAAAGAUUUGAUCUGCACCCCUCCUUAUACCCCACACCAGAGUUCAGCUUUCCUCUUCGGAACUCCGGAGGUUUACGGAGGUGGCCCCGUGGCCUUGCCUCCGGGCACGGCGUCCAGCGCCAACUCUCCCGCCGGCCUGGCUGCCGUGACCGAGCUGUUCUACGCCCAAGAACCCUGCAAUGUUCUCUAUGAGAAACUCCCCCCGACUCCAGACAGCCCCGGUAACAGGGGCUGUGCCGUCAUGAGCUUGCCAGAGAUCCGAGGUCCCCUCUAUGUGGAUGUGCCUAUGGUACCCGAGGGGAUCUUGACGCCGGAGGCCUCGCCCAUCAAGCAAACCUUCUUCCACUACUCUGAGAAGGAGAAGAACGAGAUCGAACGGCUGGCGCAGCAGAUCUGUAGCCUGGCAGAGACUUUCGGCUCCACCGCUUCCCGAGGACGUGCCGAGGACGUCCGUGGGGCUCUCCGAGAGGAGGACCCACCGGUGCCCGGCCCCGGACUGUUUCCUGUGCCGGAACCUCGCCCGGAUUUCCAACGGCCCAAAACCUGGAGGAGUGUUGACUUCUCUCUCUUGACCUGCCUGGAGGAGGACCUCCUGGUGGACGAGAACGCUCUCGAGACCCUCCUGCAAGACCUGUCGUCCUUUCUGUUCGAGAAAGGUGGGGCAGGGAUGAGGUGCCCUCACCACCAGUUCUGCGGUGGCGACGUCAGUAGUCCAAUCGGCUUGGACACCGAAGAUAGUAGCCCCGGAGCUUUUGCUCUCUCGCCAAGGAUGGAAUUGGCUCCAGAAGAGCCAUGUUUUUUGGAGGACCUGACCUCCUUCGAAACAGCCUUUGAGACACGUGCCUCAAACUCACCCUGUGAGGGGUUAGAUGAGUUGUAUCAACUCCAGAGCCAAAGGCCGGACGGCUUCCAGGAAGAGGUCGUUCGGAGGACGGCGGCGUGGCCAGCCAGCACGCAGACGCCGAGCCGGGCCGGCUCCUCCCCGUCCAGGGCCUGCCGGGGUCUUGCGUGCGGUCGGCGGCUGCGGGUCGCCGAGACUCAGAAGCCCCGGGCGGGUCUGGGGAUCCCGGCCGCUCUCGGCAACCCGCCGCGGGUCCUAAGCUCCAGGCAUCCCUGGGGGAAGCCGCGGGGAGAUGCCGGCCUCUUGCCCGCGGAAGCUCCGGGUCCUCCGACUCGGGUGACCGAACCAGAUCCAGCUCUGGUCGGAUAG